GUCACACUGAACAUAUGUUCCGCGGAGAAUGGCUGCGAUUUCGCGUCGGUAAAAAUAGCAAAUACUCGUUGAUGUGCUGCGGGAAAGCCUCCUCCCCGGCCCCAAAGUGGCCCCGAGAGAAGUGAGCAAAUGUGCGCGCCGCAAGAUAGGAGCCGCCGAACGAUAGACAGUGACGAAAGCGCUUUAAUUCAAGUACCAGCCGCCCCGCAAUUACGAUGAGUGUGUCGCGCGGCGGCAACACAACGCUGGACCUGCAGCCGCUCCUCGCGGACGACGACGGCGACGAUGGCAGGAAGCAGGAGGAGAAGAUCGGCGGACCGGGCGGCGGCGGAGGAUCGCUGCUCAAUGGUUCCGACUCCAAGGAGCUGAGCCACCGGGAGCGCGAGGACUCCGCGGUGUUCGUGAAGAAGAUCGGGAGCGCCCUCUUCUACGGCCUGUCCUCCUUCAUGAUCACGGUGGUGAACAAGACGGUGCUGACCUCCUACCACUUCCCCUCGUUCCUCUUCCUCAGCCUGGGCCAGCUGACGGCGAGCAUUGUGGUUUUGGGCAUGGGCAAGCGCCUCAAACUGGUCUCCUUUCCACCGCUGCAGCGGAGCACCUUUGCCAAGAUCUUUCCGCUGCCGCUGAUCUUCCUGGGCAACAUGAUGUUUGGCCUGGGGGGGACCAAGACCCUCAGCCUGCCCAUGUUUGCCGCUCUGCGUCGCUUCUCCAUCCUGAUGACAAUGCUGCUGGAGCUCAAGAUCCUGGGACUCAGGCCCUCGAAUGCGGUACAAAUCAGCGUUUACGCCAUGAUCGGCGGCGCCCUGCUGGCCGCCUCCGAUGAUUUGUCCUUCAACAUGCGGGGCUACAUCUAUGUGAUGAUCACCAACGCCCUGACCGCCUCGAAUGGGGUGUAUGUGAAGAAGAAGCUGGACACCUCGGAGAUCGGCAAGUACGGCCUGAUGUACUACAACUCGCUGUUCAUGUUUUUGCCCGCCUUGGCACUCAACUAUGCGACGGGGGAUCUGGAGCAGGCGCUGAACUUUGGACAAUGGAACGACUCGGUGUUUGUGCUGCAGUUCCUGCUCAGCUGCGUCAUGGGAUUCAUACUGUCGUACAGCACCAUCCUCUGCACGCAGUUCAACUCGGCGCUGACCACCACCAUUGUGGGCUGCCUCAAAAACAUUUGUGUGACCUAUCUGGGCAUGUUCAUUGGCGGCGACUAUGUCUUCUCGUGGCUCAACUGCAUCGGGAUCAACAUCAGCGUGCUGGCGAGCCUGCUCUACACGUAUGUCACCUUCCGGCGGAAACGGGCGCCCGAUAAGCAGUUGCCCAGCAGCAACCGCGGCGAGAAUGUCUAGCUUCGUCUUAGCUCAAACUCAAGCCAAAGCCAUACGAUAUGUUUAUGUUCUGCAUUCUACGACUUCGUAUUCGAUUUUCCUAUAGCCACACAGCGCAUCGUCUCUGUACAUAUUAAUAGCUAUGUAUCUUAAAACAAAACGAGUGUAAUAUUUAGCAAUUAUGUAAUUUUAAUCACUUUGUACAUU